GACAAAGAAUAUCGUUUACCAGUCAGGUGUUACAGCCUUCCUCCCACAUACCCAAAGCAAAAUGUAGACCAUCACUCCGAUUCCUUCUCCUGUGGUGAAUGGCAGCGUCUGUGGAAGGAUUCAGUGUUUUAUUGAGAUCAACAAAUCAGAACUUGAGACGCAUUAAGCAGGUGUGAUGGAUGCCAGGCACGCUGUAUGAACUCAACAAUGUGUGAUUCAGCGAUCAGCCUCCCUGAGCAUUAGCAGUCACCCAGGGCAGGAUGAUUUACCUGGCUCACACGGCUCACUGGCAGUUCCUGGGCCUGAUGGCCGGGGCCCUGGCGUGGAUCCUCACCGUGACCACAGCCGGCCUCGACGAGUGGCGGCUGUGGCACGUGGCCAAUGUGUCUGUCAUCACCUCGGGCGUGGCCUGGGUGGGUAUCUGGAAGGCGUGUUUCUAUAGUCACGCCCUUCCCAGAACAGAGAACUGUCAGAGCAUCAGCAUCUGGGACCGCUUUACUCCUGCAGAGAUCCCUGUGGCUCAGGUGCUGAUGGUGCUGGCGGUGUUCUGCGGCCUGGUGGCGAACAUCAGCGCCGCGGUUGCCAUGAGGAUGGUCUACUUCUCUGUGGAAGAUCGUAGGAACAUAAGGCUGGUCUUCGUGCUGGCAGGGAGCCUGUAUGUGUUGACGGGGAUGUUCUGCUUGGUGCCUCUGGUGUGGAACAUGAGCUCUGUGCUGAACAACAGCACCAUAGAUUUUCCUCCUGAGUUCCACCUCCCUGCCGCUCCUGUCAGGCAGCACGUCGGCUCAGCCAUCGGAGUGGGCAUCUUGGCCUCCAUACUGAUGCUCAUAAGCGGGUUGCUUUUCCUGUGCUACCGCUACGCCUGGCAGGCCCUGCGCUCAGAGGCCCCCAGAGACACCUGGGACCUGCGCCGUGGUCCCUGGACAGAAAGGACCCUGGCACAGAAGUCUGAAUUGCCAAAUGGAGACAACCACGGCAGGGAUAAUCCUGCAUUUCACAGUGAAGACAUCCCAUGAUGGAACAACCUAACAUCAGGAACAGUUUACUAACUUACAAUCUGGGAUUUUCAUCUUUUUCAUCCGUGGGAAAGUGACCUGGAAAAUGUCAGAGAAGAAAAUUCACAAUUAAUGACAAAAUUUGUCAUUGGCUUGGGACCUACAGCAUCAGUUUAGCCUAUAUGGUGGAAUGUUAGCCAUGUGAUCUUACCAGCAACACUGUGAGCUGCACAUGAAUCCAGGACGGCACAUCAAAAUACAGCAUCACCCAGAAUAACCGUCGAGAAUUCAUUGUCACUGGACCAUGAUCUGAAAACUACUACUAGAAAAAGAAAAAAUGUUUUAUUAAAAAGAGUGUUGUUCUGAUUUUAAGAAGCUCUGACGAUGUGACAUUCAAAUGCCUGCAUCGCCUCCUGACUCAUUACAGCGCAAUAAAUCAUACUGGUAUACCUUGAGAAAUAUGUAGCCCUGUAGGUACCUGGUGAAGUAACUUAAGGAUCCAUCUUUUACCUGCAUAACUGAUUUUUUUGGCCACUUGGUGAUGAUUAUGUGUGGGUUUGUCACUACGAGCGAUACCUUUCCCAUACGCGUAGUUAUUUUAGUCUAUCAUAGCUGCUUUAAUAUUGUACUGUGACAUAGAUCGUAUUGUGUAUGAUGUGAUAUGAGUUCCUGCUGUCUUGGUCUAAAUAAAGCCUACAGAUAAUAGUAUGCCAGCUAGAUUCUGUAGAAACUGUA